AUGAUCCGAGGUGCUGCGCGCGGACUGUUCCAGAGCGCGCGACAAGUGCGACGAGCGGCUGCCAAGCAGAAUCGAAAGCACAAUAGAAAACAAACUGCAGGUGAACGUCCUGGAGAAACAAGGAGGACUGUGUGCGACUUGGCGCGGGAGGAAAGCGUCAUCACCAACCAACAGAAGCAGACAUUCGGUCGGACGCGAUACACCGAAGCUAUGCCAAGAAUAUUGUCGGUGGGCGCCGUGGGGAUGCUGGACAUCGGAGCGAUUGACGCUCUCAACAUCCUGCUCCAAGACCUAGCCGAAGACGACGACGAUGGACGAUAA